AUGGCGAGGCCCGGGAGCCGGUGGCGGCGGCGUCCGGGAGAGAAGGUGCCCGCGUCUCGGCGCGCCGGCCUCCUGCCCGCCCGUCAGUCCGUCCCGGCCCGCGCGUACCUGCAGCCUGCGGCCCGCCCGCCGGCACCCAUGUGCACCAGCCCGCCCCCCAGCGCCCCGCGCCUCUCGCACGUCCGCUGCCCGGUCCCCCUGGCGCAGAAAGCACUGUCUGCGCUCCCGACCCCUAAAGGCGCCCUGAGCGACUCUGGGGUGUCCCAGGACUCCAGGGAGCUCCCCGCCUGCAGGCUCCCCUGGGCGGAGUUCCAGCUCCAGCAAGUCCCCAAAUGGACUCGUGGAACCGCCAUCCUCCCGGCUCCUCUUCCACCGCCCACCCCUGGGAGACCCGCCGUAACGCGGGACUCUCCGCCCUCUGCGUCCUCGAACAACUACUAUUCCUCAGCCCUCCGGUCGUUGAGAGCCAGUAGGGGAGCCUGCGGAAGGGGGAGUCCAGCGACCCCCGCAGGCGCUACAGCUAGCCGCGCGCAGGGGACGCUCCCGUCCGCUGGCCACCGCGCCUUCUUCGUGUCCAGCUGA